GCCGGGCCUUGGUGGCGGCUGAGGGCUGCGUUCGCCGUUUCAGGGCUAUGGCUCCCGAGAAGCCGCUGGUGGCGGUGACCUGCACCGCGCCGGUCAACAUCGCGGUCAUCAAGUACUGGGGAAAGCGAGAUGAGGACCUGAUCCUACCCAUCAAUUCCUCUCUGAGUGUCACCUUGCACCAGGACCAGUUGAAAACCACCACCACAGCUGCCAUUAGCAAGGACUUCACCGAGGACCGAAUUUGGCUGAAUGGCCGGGAGGAGGACGUGGGGCAGCCCCGCCUCCAGGCCUGCCUAAGGGAGAUCCGCCGCCUGGCCCGGAAGCGGAGGAGCGCCGGUGAUGAGGACCCACUGCCCCUCAGCCUCAGCUACAAGGUUCACAUCGCAUCAGUGAACAACUUCCCCACAGCCGCGGGCCUGGCCUCCUCAGCGGCAGGUUAUGCCUGCCUAGCAUAUGCCCUGGCCCGGGUCUACGGGGUUGAGAGUGACCUCUCGGAAGUGGCUCGCCGGGGCUCAGGCAGCGCCUGCCGGAGCCUGUAUGGUGGCUUUGUGGAGUGGCAGAUGGGGGAGCGGGCCGAUGGGAAGGACAGCAUAGCCCGGCAGGUGGCCCCGGAGUCACACUGGCCUGAGCUCCGAGUCCUCAUACUUGUGGUGAGCACAGAGAAGAAGCUGAUGGGCAGCACCGCAGGCAUGCAGACCAGCGUGGAGACCAGCUCCCUGCUCAGGUUCCGGGCUGAAUCGGUGGUGCCAGCACGUAUGGCAGAGAUGACCCGCUGUGUCCAGGAGCGGGACUUCCAGGGUUUCGGCCAGCUGACCAUGAAGGACAGCAACCAGUUCCACGCCACCUGCCUGGACACCUUCCCACCCAUCUCUUACCUCAGCGACACCUCCAGGCGCAUUGUCCAGCUGGUGCACUGCUUCAACGCCCACCACGGGCAGACCAAGGUGGCAUACACAUUUGACGCGGGCCCCAAUGCCGUGGUCUUCACCCUGGAGGACACUGCGCCUGAGUUCGUGGCUGCCGUGAGACAGUGCUUCCCCCCCGAGUCGAACGGAGACAAAUUUCUGAAAGGGCUGCCCGUGAGGCCUAUCCCACUCUCGGACGAGCUUAAAGCUGCGCUGGACGUGGACCCCACCCCCGGCGGUGUCAAGUACAUCAUUGCCACCCAGGUGGGACCUGGGCCUCAAAUCCUGGAUGACCCUCAAGCUCACCUGCUGGGCCCAGACGGCCUGCCGAAGCCAGCCGCUUGACUGCCUUCCCCGAGGGGAGCCCUGGCCACUGCUGGGAGAAGGGCCGCUUCGCUGGGACUGGGGAGCUGGGUGUGGUGGCUGGCGGGUCCAUGCUUGUUGGGGUUUGAGGGCUAGCCACCGGGC